AUGAUCUUCGUCUUGCACCCCGGAACGUCCAGCGCGGACGAGGUUGAUGGGAACAGCGACGUGGCCGGAUGGGGCAGGGCAGAUAGCCCGAUGUCGGAUUAUGAGGAAAUCUUAGGGUACUACGGAGAAGCAGCCAAAGAAAUAAGAAGCGGACAACCAGAGGCAGUGGAAGCCGUGGCGUCUGACUCCAACAGCAAACCACACACACCCGCCCCGGCGAAACGUCCAGGCAGCACCGGCUCGCUGCAGCGUUCGGCAUCGAGUUCCCUCCCAGAACGAGAGGGCUGGAUCAACAGAGCCACAGCCAGCCAGCUGCGGGAAAGGCUGAGCCAGAGGGCGCAGGCGGUGGAAGACGAUGGCGUCCUGCAGCCUCUGCCCUCGCCCGCUCUACCGCCGUCGCAGAAGCCUUUCCAAGCUAAGCCUCCUCCUAAAACCAUGUACGCAACAGCCACAGCCGACAACAGCAACCUCUGCGACAACAGCACCGACAAUGCCGAACGCCCGCCGGUACUGCUGCAGACACAGUUGCAGUUCGAGGUUCUAAUGCUGCGGCUAAUGCGAGAAUCCGAAUACCCGCUCACGAGACUGGAAGACAAGCUGGUGGAGAUGCACGACAUGAUAGCUGAGAACCUUCGCUACGUAGUCGAAGAGAUCAGCUUCCGUCUUUGGCAGUUCCCAAGCAAUCUCUGCUAG